GCUGAUGUAUUUAGUGCCUCCCUUUCACAACUAGAAAAGCAGUCAAAGGAGGAAGAGAGCCCUCACUGCUGCCAGCACCACAGACAGGAGCAUUUUUUGAAAAAGUGACUCAGUUCUCAGAGACCAGCAGCAGAGGCAGGACUCGGGAGUUGCUCUUAGGCACACGGACUCGGACUCUUCUUGAACAGGAGCAAAGGGACUGCCUGAGGAACCGAGACACUUACCAAUCCUGGUAAUAUUCAUUACAGCAGAAAAGUGGGACUGUUCAAGGUUUGUACUACAAACAGCUAAUCACUGCCAAAAUGACAUCUUCAAGCUCUGCCCAGUAUCCAGCAGCUGAGAACACCUGCAGAAUCACACUUGGACAAGUCAACCAGAUGCGACCCAAACUGCCGCUUCUGAAGAUUCUGCAGGCUGCAGGUGCACAAGGUGAAACCUUCACAUUGAAGGAGGUUAUGCAUUACCUGGGACAGUAUAUAAUGGUGAGGCAGCUAUAUGAUAAAAGACAGCAACACAUGGUCUAUUGUGGAGGAGAUCAGCUGGGAGAACUGCUGGGACUGGAGAGCUUCUCUGUAAAAGAUCCAAGCCCAGUCUAUGACAUGCUGAAACGGAACCUGACUUCUGCUGCAAUGGCAGAUGCUGCACAGAAUCUCGCAAAGGAACAGAGCGUCGAUAAGCCAAGCCAAGAUCAACUGAAGUUUAGCACACAAGAAAGUUCAGACACUGGCGUAAUGGAGGGUGAAAGCAAUGCUUCCGCUUUGUCUACCUCAGAGCACAAAUGUGGGAAUUAUGAAGACAAAGACUUAAUAGAAAACCUCUCUAAAAGCAAGAAGCCUAAACUGGACCUAGUGUUUGAGGAAUGGGAUGUAGCUGGUCUUCCAUGGUGGUUUUUAGGCAACCUCAGAAGCAAUUACAAGUCCAGAAGUAAUGGAUCAACAGAUAUUCAGACUAACCAGGACGUAGACACUGCCGUUGUUUCAGAUACUACUGAUGACUUGUGGUUCCUCAACGAAUGUCCGUCCGAUCAGAGCAGUGCCACAGUCAAGGUGGAAACAGUUGAUUGCGAGGAAGUGAAAGAAAGUGACAAAAAGGUGACUGAGGAUGUAUGUUUGCAUGACUUUGAGGAUUCUCAGUGCUUAAGUGAUGACACAGAUACAGAAGCUGCCUCUGAGGACUGCUGGCAAUGCACCAAAUGCAAGAAAUUUAACUCUCCAGUCAAACGGUACUGUUACCGCUGUUGGGCCUUACGGAAAGACUGGUACUCAGAUUGUCCCAAACUGGCUCAUUCUCUUUCUCUGUCCGACAUUGAUGCUAUGCAAAACAAAAAUGAUGAUGAAGGGAUAGAUGUCCCUGACUGCCGAAGGACUAUUUCUGCUCCAGUUGGCCAACCCAAAGACCUAUACGGGGUAGAAAACAAAUCACGCGUAAAUCCCUGCAGCUCUAUUGAGUCUUUGGAUUUGGCACGAGAAUGUGAAAGCAAGGAGUCUCUGUUGCAGUUCACUGAGCAUAAAAAGGAGGAAGAAAUACAGUCCUUAGAAAGUAUAAAAAAAUUACUGAAUCCUUGCUUCUUAUGCCAUCACAGACCACGAGAUGGGAAUAUCGUCCAUGGAAGGACUGCUCACCUGGUGGCCUGUUUCAAGUGCGCAAAGAUGCUGAAGAAAAAGAGGUCGCCUUGUCCGGUGUGUAGGAAAGAGAUUGAGAUGGUGAUCAGAAUCUUCAUGGGGUAGUUGUGUUAGUUCAGGGCUCCUCUGCCAAAAGAUUUCACACAGGUUUUAUUGCAGUCUCACAAAACCUAACUUUAUAGAGCUCAGCUGGUGUAUACCAAAGAGAACUAAGAUGCAAAACUGACCAAGGACACUGAGGAAUCCUCUGCAUCGAAUGAAGCAGCAUCCAGUUUUUGAUGUCCAUUUAAAUUAAAGCAUGUAGGGAGCAGGGGGCAACUGACACAUUGGUAUCAAUGCCCUAGGUUUGAAAUUGUCUAAAUCUUUUAAUUUCAGAAGUUCUUUGGCGUCGCUAUGAUUCUCUGUUUUGACAACUGGUCCUUGCAGAAAGCAAAUUUUGGAGGGAGUUAUAACUUUGGCUGUUGGAGUGGUGUUCUCCAGUAAGUCAAAUCCUGUGCAAUGCCUUCAAGGGGAGGAGUCCGCAUUUGAGAAAUAUGGGGGGGGGGGUGGGGGGAAAGGAGGGUGGGAGGGAAGGAUAGACCAAGGGGAUUGUAAUUUAGGUAAGCCAUUUCUCCAAGGAUCAGUUUUCAUGAGGGCAGUGAGAAGUAAAUACCCUGUUUCUGUUAGUCUCUGAUUUUCCUUUUAAUGUAAGUUUGUUUGUUAGAUAAGGUAAAGGUGCUCUUGCUCCUAGGCUUCAAUAAGUCCUCUCAAACUUUUACUCUGUAGUUAUCUCAGGUCAUAUAUCAGUUGGCAGAAGAAUAGGGUGUUAUAUUUUGCUUCUCGAUCCUUCAAUUUGUAUAGAUUCUUUUUUUUUUUUAAUUCAGAUACAACGCUAUGUUGGUUUGCAUAGCUUUGUUGAAGCCUGUACAAUGUUAGCUGAGAAUCUGGCCUGCCAGUUGAGUUAAAUUGUAACAGCUCUGUGAACAUUUUGGGAUGUUCCCAUAGCUCUUUGCUCACAGCUCCUUUGCAGCUCCUACCUUCCUUAUUUCAUCAGGCCAGCCUGGAAGAAGCUCUCUUUGGAGUGUGAUGGAGAUUUAUUGACACAUUGUGGACCUUUGAGAAGCAGAAAUAUUCCCUGUAGAGCACCAGGUUGCAGGUGGUUAGUCUGUGUCUGGUGGUUAGUCUGCUGUGCUUGGUGUUAGUUUUUGAAUUCCUCCACUGACUUUCUUUCCCAGUGACUGAGCGCUUCAGAUUUAUUCGCAGCAUUUGUAUUAUCCUUCAAAGCAGUGCAUGGUCAAUCAACUGGCCAUUAAAACUCAGCUAGGACUUGCAGUUUAAAGCUGAGCUUUCUCUGAGAUCAAGUCCUAGUGUGUGCUCAGAUCAUCAGCCUACUGUCUUCCUGAGGGUUGGUGUUCAGAGAAUGUUUCCCCAUGGAGAGGAGCUUUGUUCUUCCAGUGUGUAGAAGGUGGUUGGGUGCAGCUCUAAAGCUGGGGGGAAUUAUAGCAGGGUAAAGCGGUCAUUGUCACGGCUUGCCCCGGGGCUCCAAGAACUGCCUACAACCAUCCUGGAUGCCCUGAGAUCCCUGGGGAAUGGGGCAGCCUGGUCUGUGCCUAUUCUGGCUUUCCCCUCUGGGGAGGCUGCACAGGGCAGAGGCCUCUGCAGAGUCAGUGGAGAAGACAGCGCUGUGGGAGUGGGCAUGGAGUACAACCUCUGCCCCGCACAGAUUUGCAGCAGACUUAAGAGCAGAUCAUUCACCUUUUCUGACCAGCACCAUCUCUCUUUUAAAAUGCAUUUGCAAAACAAAGGGAAUUUACUUCUCCCUCCCCCCAUUUUUCUCCUUCAUUCCUGCCUGAUUCUUUUUUUUUCCCCUUACCUAGAAUGGUGCUGAGGAGACAGGGGUAGCAGAGCAACUUACUCUUUUAGUGUUCUAAGUCAUUAUUUAUUUAAAAUGUAAAGCUGACAAAUACUUUUAUGGCCAAUCCAGUCUAGGAUUCUCUCAUGUGAGCAGGAGGUGUGGUGGAAGCAUCUUUUGACAUAUUCUCCAGGGCUCUGGGAGAGCCCAUACCAUGUAGCAUUAGCAAUAGUGCCUUCACCUCUAGCUUUCAGGUAUACAGACGCUUGAAUUCAGUACAGCGCGUCAGUCCCAUGUCCUUGGCAUACACCCUAUUUUGUCAUCUUCUGUGUAAUUCCCUUUCUGACCUAGAAGGUGCUUCACUCCUUUCUGAAGACAGACGUUCCCGGUUUCCUGCAGCAAACAUUCAUACUGUGCAAGCAAGGUGGGAAACACUGUUUGGGCGGUUUGCUAGCAGAGUUCAGGAGGAACGCAGUCGCUCUACUUUUGAGAGUCUGCGUGGAAUCAGGAGCUGUUCCCUGCUCAUAGUUAGGUGCUCUUCAAGGCAGUUGCCCGUUGCUUUCCACACUCCUUCUGCUGGUCCAGUGCUAACAGGCCAGCUGUGCGGCCCCAACACUUGGCAGCAACCGGCUCUGUCAGAGUUGUUUCUCUGAAAAGAUACUGGAGUAGAUGCAAUAUGCAGUCACUGCCUAUCACUGCCAAAAGAUGCAUCCCCUUUAUAUUUUGCAUAGUGCUGUGAUUAUUUCUAUGUUGGCUAAUAGACUAUUAUUAGACUAUUAUUUAGACUAUUAUUGUUGACUCUUACUUUCAGUUGUGUUUUAAAAAACAGAGGUUAGCUGUCUGGCAUUUGCUGCACUAUCCAUAGUCCACAGAAGUCAGUCCACAUAAAAGCCUACUUACGGCUCCCUUAGUUGAAGGGCUGUUCAAUUGAAAGUGGUGCACUUUAAUCAUGUUAAGUUCAGCAGCCUUAUCUCCUGGAAUCAGGGAAGGGAGUUCUGCUGGGUAGUCUCUUCCAUUUUAAGUGGCUUGGGCUCAGCAGGGUACUUUGGAGCAAGCCCUUAAUGCACUUCUGAAUGCUGUGAAUCCCCCCUCCGCCCUCCGAUUGCUAGUAAGAACUUAGGUUUUGCUACAAGCAGCUUUACUGAAUUGUUCAGAUCUGCCUACACUGAAAUGUAAUUUGCAUUGACCAAAAUAAAAGAAAACUGGGAGUGUUUAGGCUUGAAUUAGGGGUUAAAUACCCAUACCAGAAUCCUACCAAGAUCUGUAUGUAGGAAGUCAGCAAUGUUUCCUGAAAACAUACAGUGUCCUGAGGCGCAGCUCUCCCAUUGUUAAGUGAAAACUGAUUCUCUUGUUACAGUUUGUGGUAAAAAGUGAAUCUGCAGGAUAGCUUUCAGGGUAACACUCUUCAUAUCUGUGAUUGUGCUUGUUCAGUUCAACAGUAUUGGUUAGGACAUGCAUUUACUAUCUUCGUAAUUCCUUUUAACUGAAAUAGUUACUGGAUAUUACAUACCAGAAUGCUACAUCCUAUUUUCCCUCCUGUAUGAGAAUAAGCUAUUGCGGUGUAAGCACAGCGUUUAUAGAGGUAACUGCCCAGGUUGUGGCUGGGGCUUGGAUGGGGGGAGGCUUGGGGGAGGGAGGGAAGAUGUUUUAUUACUUUAACUUAAAUCUAAAUCUGAAUAAAUUGCAAUUCACCAGGGACUGCUUUUUUUUCCCUGACAAUUUUGGAAGUGCACACUUGAAAUAUAAGUCAAAGAAGCAGCUCAAAGCAUUCAAGUAUAAUAUGUAUGUAGCAGUUGAGAGAUAUGCAGAUGAGAUGUUUCUGAGGUGGUUACUGCUUUCCUUUUCUACGGAUGGGGCACUUAGCAUGGACACCUAUGUGGGAAGCCCAGGUUUUUCAGAGGUGCGGAGCAUUUAGCUGAGAUGGGUGUGAACCAUGGAUGCUCAAGACCUCUGAAUAUCUUAUAUUGGUGUCUCAUAGCAAAUGGUAGCGCCUUCUCUCUUACAGUGGUUUUACUAUGAAGUGCAAUAAGAGAGAAGAGGUCCUAGAGAUAUCUUUAGCAGUUGUUGCCACAUUUCUGUUAGGAGUAGUAUUGAGCGUAGCUGUCUUUUGAUGCUCUGCUUAGUAAGGUUUAUGUGUUUCCCUGCUUCUUCCUUCAGUGACAUUGGUCACUGUCCCUUGGGAAUGUGCAUAAGUCUCACCUGCCCCUGCCCUGCAGGUGGUGUUUCAUGCACAAGAUUCCUUGGCUUUUCAGCCAGAAGUUCUGGUACCAUUUAUCCCCAGAAAUAACAAGUUUUGUACUUUGAUAGGUAUUUAAAUAUAGUAUGAGAAUCAUGAACCUCCCAACUAAAUAGUGCCACUCAGUACAUUAUAGUGCUCUGCAGUGUGAAACCAUAUGUAUAUGCCUGCACUCUCUGUUUUGGUAACCAGAGGUACACAUGCUGCAUUUACUCCUAAAAGUCUUUCCAGUUUUAAGUGCCUCUUCUCAGUUGCUCUCUGAUUCAUUCACUAACGCACCCAGGAUAUUGUGCUUUUCUUAUUGUGCUUAUCUCAGUGUCCCUCCUCUGCUGGGAUGUGUUAUCAAGCUAAAUUUAGCCUAACCAAAGCCAUGACAUCAAUUACAAAGAGCCUCUAGUGCAGACCCCCAGAAUGCUUAUUUCUUCUGGCUGAUGGGUAUUCCCAAGAAGACUGUUGUGAACUUUCAGCCUGUGUGUAUUACAUAUUUAUUAUGCUGCAUGACUGUGAUGGAAAACAUGUUGCAGCUAGCCAGCAUGCUCUCUAGCCUUCUGCAUCCAAACACUGAUUGUGUCUGCUACCGAGAUGCUAUCCCUGCAGAAGAAAGUAGCUAUUGGCCAAACCAGGGCUCUCCAAAGAGAUGUAGAUGCUGCCAGGAUUCCCUGUUUGCAUAUACGUGGAAAUGGAGUGUUUCGAAACCCACUGUGGUUGCUUGCUUUUGCCUGCUCACUUUGCCUGUUCAGAGCAUCUCUCCUGUCAUGGAAGAUGACAGAUGCUCUCACUGAAGGCCUUCAGUGAAGGCUAACCAUUUUGGAAGAGGGCAUGAUGAAGUGACUGAAAAAAGGAUUCAGAGCCAGGGCACUGGUCUCUGUUCUUGCUUUGCUCCUGACUUCUUGUGUGAGCUGAGCAAGGCACUCUGUCAGUCCUGUGCGUGCUCUUUAGCUGCCUGAACAUCUGCAAGCAGUGUCAGGAUCCUUGAGAAGGAGGUGCUGCAAGGCUGUUCUGUCAAGAGCAAGAAUAAGAACCACAAAUGAUGUGGGGGUGACACACUUCGUGUAUGGAACAUCUCCAGGAGCCCAGAUGACCUUUGGACAGCUGCUUUUCUGCUCUGGAAAUCCUCUUUUGGUUAUCUGCUCGCAGAGGCUGGAAUUUGCCUUGCUCCUUGGGAAGUAAGUGAGAACCUGCCUGUAACUGUCAGUUAUUGCUGGCCGGUAGAAUGGUCAGCUGCCACAAGCUAGGCUAUACUUCCCAUCACCUUGCUGUCUGUAUCUGAUUUUGAUUAGUAUGGUCAGCUGUUACGUUUACAGUCCUGUUUUUCUGCCACUUCGUAAGUGCAUAGGUGCUAUUGCCCUGGUAAUGUGCAUUUGCUGCCCACAGACAUGUAUGGACACUCAGUGCCUGCUACACUGAGCAGAUGCUUCAUUAGCUUCAGACUCUCCGACUCCUAGAAGACAUAACUGCCUUUGAGGAUCUGUCUGAGAAGAUACAUGAAGAAGGCAGGAACAUGUUGUACCUUUGGCAAAGAUAAUAAAGACUUGCUGUUCUGUAAAGAGUGAUUUCCUGCCGGAUCUCCCCAGCACCCUUCCUCUGCUGCAUGUUGUUCCUGAAUAUAUUUUUCUUGUUCAGAAAAAUUCAGCAUGUGACUACACACCCACACAGUCACUGCAAGAACCACAAUCAGGAGAGCUCACUAAACAACAUUUGUGUGUUUGCACUAUUUAAAAAAGUCUUCUACCACAAAAUUGAUGAUCCGUUUUUGUUUCUUGCUCGUAAUGAUUUUAAUUACAUUGAGAGUAUGGUAAUGUAGGUUUAUUUUUUCAUUUGUACUGCGUUUCGGGGAAAACUUUAAGUAAAGACCUGUUACCAGUUAA